AUGGCGCCAUCUGUUACUACUACUCAGAUCCUGAAGUUUGCAGAGCCCCAACCUAAGGCUCCGCUGCUUGACCAGCGCUUCGCAACAUUGAAAAAGCAGCUGGUAAAGGCAGAAAAUAAGCUGAAAGUAAUCGAGUCAUAUGAGCGUCUCUUAAGAGUACUCAAGGACGAGGUUGCUUUCAUCGAAAAGACCGGCCCCAAAUCCAUACCCGAGAUUGACUUUGGAGUUAUCCACCAGAAUGGUGGCGAGCUGCCUCCUGACUUCAUCAAACAUGUGCACGAGCGCGGGUGCGUCAUCUUGCGUAACGUCAUUCCGGAGGAACAGGCCGUGGCAUGGGAGACUGAGCUCAAGGAAUACACCCGCCGACACCCUGAAGUUGGGGGUUACCCGAAACACAAACCCGCUUCUUGGAGUACCUGGUGGACGCGGCCGCAGGUCCAGAUUCGUAGCCACCCGGCGGUACUAGAAGCAAUGCAGACAGUAUCCAGGCUAUGGCAUGUCACCGAUGAGAAUACUCCUAUCGACCUAGACAGCCAGGUCGUGUACCCAGAUCGUAUGCGGAUCCGGUAUCCUAGCAAGGAGGGUGAAUACACGCUACCUGCCCAUCUGGACAGCGGCAGCAUAGAACGAUGGGAGGAUCCUGUUAACCGCUCUAAUUUCCAGGCCAUCUUUGACGGCAACUGGCAAGACUGGGAUGGCUGGGAGGCUGAUAAUAGAGUUAAUGCCAAGAGUGACCUCUACCAAACCGGCACGCAGUGUAGCUGCUGGCGAAGUCUCCAGGGUUGGCUGUCUCUGUCGCACACAGGAACAGGAGAGGGCACCUUGCGACUGCUCCCCAGCCUCAAGGCCAGCAUGGCAUACAUGAUGUUGCGACCACUCUUCCUCAACGGUACCUUUGACGACUCGCAGCCCACGUUCCCGGGUGCUGUGCCGGGGCUUAACCAGUUCAAGCCCACCCACGAGUUCUACCCUGACCUUGGGCUCGACCGUGCUAUUGUGGGUAUUCCGCCGGUUAGACCCGGCGACUUCGCCUUUUGGCAUUGCGAUCUGGUUCACAUGGUUGACAGUGAACACCCCGGUGAGCGCGACUCCAGUGUUGUUUACUAUGCCUGUGCGCCUUUGACGCCGUACAAUCUUGACUCGCUGCUGUCAACGCGGGCCUCUUUUGAGAAGGUUGAUGUGCCAAUAGACUUCUCGACUUUUGAAGAUGCCCACCAGCGCGAGUUCGAGCAUGAAGAUCACGGGGCCCGGAAGGAGAACAUCCUCUGUGAUGCAGGCCUCCGCGCUAUGGGCUAUCUGAAAUUUGACGAGUAUGAAGAGGGAUUAACAGCUGGCCAAAGAAACAUGAGGAAGAUGGCGAAUGAGAAGCUCGGCUUGUGA